AUGAAUAGAGCCAUCUCUUUCCUGCCGGAUUCGAAAUUCAAGAAAUAUUGGCAAUAUGUUCUGAUGAUAUUGUUGAUUUACACUGCCUUUAUUACUCCCAUUCGGUUAGCAUUCAUAGAAGAAUUCAACUUAGUAUGGUUUACUUUGGAAUUAAUAGUAGACAUCUUAUUUUUUUUGGACAUCUUGAUCACUUUCAAUACAGCUUAUUUCAAUGAGGAGGGAGUCCUUAUAGUUGAUCGUUACCUAGAUAGCAAACCAAUAUCUAAGAACUUGGUUAAUAUUCGAUUUAAUGGCUGUAUUUCCUACUGA